GCUAACUUUUGCAGCAAUUGGCGUGAAAACAAUUUGGAAAGCAACAAAUGCAAAUGGCUGCAAAAGCCAAGGCAAGCCUAAGUGGCGUAGAGAGCAAAAGGACCUAAUAAGGGAGAAAGAAACAAAAAAAGUUCUUCGAAGCCAGCACAAAAAACACGCGUCGCCGAUGUUAGAAAGGCGCCAAACGGACACUCUGCCACAUCUCUGCUACAACGUGAAAUGUCCGCCCAUGUCCGAAAUGACCUGUCCGCCGGACAGCAGCGUACGCGAAAUUCUCAACACAAUUGAAGUGCAGCAAAUGACCGCAGCGCCCGAUACCGUCGACGAAACGCAAUUCAAUAUCACUGAAAUUGAUGAAGAAAUCUUUGCCGAAUGUUGUCUAGCAAAGAAGUGCCUCUGCAAAACUUGCUACAUACCCGACUGUCAUGGCGAGGAUGAAGUAGUCGUGGAGCUGUUGCCCGAAUCGAUGAACAAACCCGGCCAUUGUUGUGGUGAAUAUGAAUGUCAACGCAAACCGAAUUGCACAGCAGGAGGCGAUAGUCAGCAAUAUUGGCUGAAAGGUUGUCAGCGCUGCCACUGCUUCUCGGGCAAACCCAUGUGCAUACAAAUCUGCGAUGAGGCUGUCAACAAAACCAAAGCAAUUUGCAAACCAGAAAAGUUGAACGUCUUCUUUGAGCAUGGCGAAAGCUGGCGUGUGGGCUGCUAUGAGUGUGAAUGUGUCGAUGGCGUUGAAAAGUGUGUGCUACCCUUCUGCAGUAACAUCAAUUGUCCGCGAGAGCGACAGGUGACGCUUAAGGAUGGCUGUUGCCCCAUUUGUUGGCCCGACUGUGCGCCCAUGCCCAACGAGUUGAUUAGCGCUAGGAAUGGGAAUGAUAAGUACGGCAGUGGGCCACGUCGUUACGAUGAUGAUAUAACAGAGGAGCUAGACGAUAAUAAUACACCGCAUAACACAGACUAUAGUGCAGAGAAUGAGAUUGACACAUUGCCGGAUAUACCAUUCGGGGAGGAGGACGAACAGCAGCAGGAGGAAACUGAGAAGCAGUUGAGUGGUGCUAACAGCACAGCUGAAGCGCAGACAACUACGAAAGCAGCGGAUGGCAACACAACCACCGACAGCAGCAUUAGCGCUUCAAUCUCUACAACCACCACCACCACCACUACUACCAUAACCACAUCCACAUCCACCGCCAGCCCAGCAGGCCACACAACUGCUAGCUUAGCGCUUGCCGAGUACUUGCCUAUAUCGCCCAGCACCGCAGCCCCAAAGGCAAUCGAUGCGCUGGCCAGUGAGCCUGCUAUUGUCACCGCUUGCCCGCCUGUUGCGGCCUCACGUCACGAUGCACCCGCCACUUUCCAGCUAUACCCCGAAGAUGUCAUGCCAGAAGUUCAAGUCAUAACGGAGUCAUGUAAGCACUGGAUGAUCUACAUUGUCAUCGGUAUUUUGGUUGCUCUCAUUGCGGUACUGAUAGCUUGGAUUAUCCAGUUGCGUUUGAAACAACGCUCCUAUCGGCCAGUCUCGCAUACCGAUGAUAAUUUCAAUAAGAUGUCCUGUAAUAUUAAGGCAACAAAUGCGUAUGUUUAAGAGAUGAGCUUUGCAGUAAGAAGGAAGUGCACAUGCAUAGGUAUCUGUGUAUGUGUGUCUGUGUGUACGUGUUAGAAAGAAAGAAAGAAAGAAAGACGGUUUGAGCAGAUAUUUUUCCUACGAGGAUUCGACGAAAGUAUAGUGUUUGUAUAAUAAAAGGAAGAUGAAGGUACCUACAUGAAAAACAAAAGCAACAAAAAGAAAGUACGGAAAAGAAAGUAAGAAAAGCUAAGGCUUUGAUCCAAAAUAUUAACAGUUGAUAAUUGUAUAGUUGAAUAACUAAGCUUUACGUUCUUAAAACAGGUGUUAAAAUAUAUCGCUUUCUUGCCAAAUCGAAUUAAAAGGUAGCUUGAGCAAAUUUUUCGAGGAACAGCUGAAGAAAAAUGGACUAAUGCGGGCAACAAAUGAUUCAUUUACACAUUUUUAGAGGCCUUGAAUUGCAAAGCUUUUAAAUUUCCAUUUUAAAAGAACCAUCUUAAUAUGAGCUGAACAGCUCUACAGUUGCUUGUAAUUUAGCUUAACUCAGUUACGGCCUGGAUACCUUCGAUCCUACUCGAGCUUGACAUAAAGCUGAUCUUAGAAACCGAACUAUCGCAAAGCAUCCGGUGGGGCUUCGAUACCGCAUUUUAUUUGAAAGUUUAGGGAUUAUUAUAAAUUUGCGCAGCCAUUCAUUUACGAGAACAUCUGAGGGGUACUCAAAGGUGUAGCUUUUUUGAGGGUUCGAAAAUGAGUAUAGUUGCUUAGCUAUUAUUUGCCGACAAAUUCUAGAUUUGGUGCUCUGGAUUUUUGAUUGCUUCAUAUUUAUGCAGCCUUCAUUUGACACAUCUUAACUUUAUCCGUUUUACUCAGAAACUCAAUUGGCGAGAUAAUCAUUCAAGUACAGACAAAUCAUAACAACGGAUCAAAAUCACGUAAGCGGUUAUCAAGAAGAAUAAUUCAUACGCCUAUAGAGCGCAAAGUGUCCAUACAGGAUCCAUAUGGGUCUAUCUUAACUAAUAAAGGAAAUUUCGAAAUUUCGUGGAACAAGCGGCAUUUUCAUUUGCAACAAAUGCGUGUACCAGAACAUCGAGGACAAAUUAAAUAAGUUUCUGUAGUUGUUUAAGAACGAUUUUCCCCACGCCAGACGUA